UCAGCAUUCAUGAGAAUCGGAUAUGUGGAAACAACGCUGAGAAACCUUGUUGCCAGCUUCUCUUAUCUUGACAUUACGAGGUUUUUUCUUUUUAUGUGACGCCUUUAAAAGCUCGCCGUUGAAUGUGAUUUGGCUAUCCCCACAAUGUCUAGAAGUGGAUGGUCCAAGCGUUCAAAGUCAGGGGCACUACCAGGCCUGGCUGAGCCUCCUCAGGUUCAAGGUGUCCAUGUUUACCUCUUUUGGACCAAGGGAGGAGAGCGGUAUCUGUCCCACACAGCUGGAGAGGUCACAGCAGAGGAGCUGUGCAUCUCGGCCGCAGAGGCUGUAGGGAUAACACCUCUGUGCCAUGUGUUGUUCGCUCUGUACAACCCACUGUCUCGCUGCUGGUACAGUCCAAACCACAUUUUUAAUCAAGAGGAGAACUCCGGCCGCAUUGUACUUCACUACUGUAUGAGGUUUUACUUUCGGAAUUGGCAUGGACUACAUGAGAAGGAGCCGACCGUGUCCCGUUGUGCUUUCAGAUCUGGGUCAGAUCAAGGGGGUUCCCCUCUGCUUGAAAUCACUUCCUUGGAGUAUUUAUUCUCCCAGGCUAAAUAUGAAUUUGUGAAUGAAGUCGUACAAAUGGAAGACGUUCAGUCAGAGGACGAGCUAAAUCGCUUCAAAAACGAGAGCUUAGGGAUGGCUGUACUUCAUCUUUCACAUCAGUCAAUACAAACAGGCUCCACCUUACAAGAUGUGGCGGAAAAAAUCGGCUUUGUGCGCUGCAUUCCCAGGUCAUUUGCCAAACACAUCUCUAAAGACAACUUCCUGACUAAAAUCAGGAUCCGACGAGUGUUUACAGACUUUGUGCGAACUUUCCAGCAGCAUACUGUCGACAGGGGGCGGCUGGGCACUCAGGAGAUCAUGUAUAAGUACAUCGCUACGCUCGAACACUUGGCACCUCGUUUUGGCACAGAGACCUUUCCCGUAUCUCACCUGGAACAGAGCGAGGACGGAGAUGGAAGCAGCACUUACUCCACUACCACCCAUGCCCAAGGUGUCUCAAAAGACAACUUCAGAGCUCCAGCCACACAUGAAAUAAUGGUGUCUGGCACCAAAGGAAUUCAGUGGAGGAAGAUGUCCAUCCAGAAGGCGCAGGCCAACUCUUACCUAAGAAAUGACUACAUGAACUACACCAAGAAAACAAAACAACAGUCCAACCAGUCGAAUGUGAACACUCCCAAUGAAUGGACUUCCUUCUGUGAUUUCCCUGAAAUAAGUCAUAUAGCCAUCACUGGAGCUAAUGUGUGCAUUAGCACUCAGGACAACAACUGCAUGGAGGUUCAGAUGAACUCCAGCCAGGAGGCCCAUUCCUUCAUCUCCCUCCUAGAUGGAUACUACCGGCUGACUGCAGACGCCCACCACUAUCUUUGUCAUGAAGUGGCUCCCCCAAGGGUAGUACUGAGUGAAGCAAAUGGACUACAUGGACCUAUGCAGGAUGAUUUUGUGCUACAGAAGCUGAAAAAGGAGACAGCAGAGGAGGGAGCUUUCCUCGUACGUUGGAGUGCUCUCGACUAUCACCGCAUCAUCCUAGCUGUCCUGAACAAAAACGAGAAUGGAUCGACACUGAGCCAUAAGCAGUUUCGGAUUCAGCAUAAGGGUUCGAUGUUCUGUCUGGAGGGCUGGGAUCGAGAAUUCUCCACUGUGAAGGAGCUCACAGACAGUCUCAAGACCUUCGUACUCAAGUCUGGUUCGGACAGCUUUACUGUCAAAAAAUGCUGUUUGCCAAGACAAGGAGAGCCAUCCAACCUGCUGGUGAAGAGGCAAGGUGUCAAUAACCAAGUUCAAACUGACUCCUUUUCCCUGAACCUGACACAGCUACGCUUCCACCAGAUAAAGGACAAAGAGAUCACACAGGAACAGCAUUUGGGCCGCGGGACCCGAACGAACAUCUACUCAGGACGUCUGAUGGUGCGCGGUGGAGGAGGCCAUGACGAGGACGAUGAGUUCAACAACAACAACUUGGCUGACCGCAAAGGGAUCCGAGUGGUUCUCAAGAUACUAGAUCAGACCCAUAAAGAUAUUGCACUAGCAUUUUUUGAAACCGCAAGUCUCAUGAGCCAAGUAUCCCACCGUCACCUGGUGUUUGUACACGGUGUAUCAGUGAAAGGAUCUGAAAACAUCAUGGUCGAAGAGCUUGUGGAAUUUGGGCCUUUGGAUGUUUUCCUUCGCAGAGAAAGGGCUUCAGUGACUCCUCAGUGGAAGUUCAUCGUUGCAAAACAACUUGCCAGCGCCCUCAAUUAUCUUGAGGCCAAAGGGCUGGUUCACGGCAAUGUCUGUGCCAAAAACAUUCUGGUGGCGAGACGCGGUCUUGAGCAUGGUACUACUCCUUUUGUGAAGCUGAGUGACCCAGGAAUAUCUCUGAAUAUCCUUUCAAGGGAAGAGCGUCUUGAGCGCAUCCCAUGGAUUGCUCCAGAGUGCGUUGACAGUGGCGCACCCAUCGGCAAUGCUGCUGACCAGUGGAGCUUUGGUGUCACCCUGCUCGAAAUCUGCAACAAUGGCGAUCUUCCCAUGAGUGGCAGCACAUUGUCUGAGAAAGAGUGCUUUUAUCAGCAAAGGGGCCGAUUAGCUGAACCCUCCUCCCAGGAGCUAGCCCGCUUCAUCAGCAUGUGUCUGACCUAUGAGCCCGUGGAGAGGCCAUCGUUCCGCUGUGUGCUCAGAAAGCUCACAGAACUCAUGAUCAAAAGUGGGUCCUAUACUUGCUCGCCUUGCUUAAUGUUUUUCUUUCACCCUGUCUCAGUGCAUUUAAUAAAUGGAGGGGUUUUUUGUCUGCAUACAGUUCCUGAUAUAUCUCCCAGUGAAACUCUCCCUGACACAGACCCUAGUGUGUUCCAUAAACGCUACCUGAGAGAGUUGCGUGUCUUAGGAGAGGGUCAUUUUGGAAAGGUGACUCUUUACUUGUAUGACCCCGCCAACGAUGGGACAGGAGAACGCGUGGCAGUGAAGGCUUUGAAACAAGAAAAUGGACAUGUGCCUGAGGGGUGGAUGAAGGAGAUUAAGAUCUUGAAGUCCCUUUAUCACAGCAACAUUGUGAAAUAUAAGGGCUGUUGUACUGAAAUGGGAGGACAAGUGGUGCAGCUAAUAAUGGAGUACCUUCCUUUGGGGAGUCUGAGAGACUACCUUCCCAAACGCAAACUGGGUGUCCCUCAGUGCCUUCUGUUUGCUCAGCAGAUCUGUCAGGGGAUGGAGUACUUGCACUCAAAACGAUACAUCCAUCGAGACCUAGCCGCUCGUAAUGUCUUGGUGGAAAAUGACAGUGUGGUUAAGAUUGGCGACUUUGGCCUGACGAAGUACAUCCCAGAAGGAGAGAUCUACUAUCGUGUUCGGGAAGAUGGGGACAGUCCAGUGUUCUGGUACGCCAUCGAAUGCUUGAAAGAGAGCAAAUUUUCCUUUUCCUCUGACAUUUGGUCUUUUGGAGUCACGCUGUAUGAGAUCCUGACCCGCUGUGACCAGCGCCAAAGCCCUCCAAAUAAAUUCUUUGAAAUGAUGGGGUCAGCCCAGGGACAGAUGACUGUGAUGGUGCUCAUAAAACUGUUGGAGAAACAGACCCGAUUGCCUUGUCCCAGAGAGUGCCCACAUGAGGUGAAGAUCCUAAUGGACCAGUGUUGGGCUACAGAUCCUGCACAACGGCCAUCAUUCAGAACCCUCAUCGAGAAGUUUGAGGCUAUUCGCCGAACAUACGACUGGCAGUCUAAUAUAAACUUUUCCAUGGCUCAGGUUUGCUGAUUGGGAUUCAGUGAAGAGCCACUUCGUCUACACGUCUACACGUCAUCACGUAACAACCAUAUAUUACAGCCGAGAAUAUGUUUCCUGCUGUGUAAUGCCUGCUGCCUCCAUUUACGCGACCCGAAUCAGAAUUGAAAAAAUCUGAUUCCAUGUGAUUUUUUUUUUGCUGUUCACCCUGUUAUGAAAAAAAACCAAAACAUUUUUGGGCCGCUUUUACCUGCACUCUGAAUGUAGCCAUAUUCUUAAUAGACUUCUCUUUUUAUAAAAGCACACUGCUCUCCUCUCUUAUGUGCUAUUAAUGCAACAGUAAACUCAGUCUGUGUAUUUUAAGGGAGGAAGGUGAUGAGUGUCAUGUAUUUCUAUUUGCAUAUGUCACAGUAAGUAUUAAGAAUAUAUGUAAGUUUGGGAGAAUACUAUCUUUUAUGUUUAUUGUUUGUACAUAUUUGACUGUAGGUUAUAAAUGUUAUAUGCAUUUAAUUUUUUAUGAAUCAAAUUGUCAAUCUAAUAAACCAUUUUCCA